UCUGUGCCAUUUCAACCGUUCAGCUGCGGCAACAUUUAACUCCUUCUGUUGAUCUAAGCACGUGCUAAGGUCUAGGUAACAACUUAACAACUUACCACCACAGCACGCGUGGGUAGCUGGGAGAGCUGGGGAGCUGGGGAGGAGCUGGGAGAUGAUGCCAACAACGUCUUUUCAUUCUUUCCUUCCAUCCUUCCAUCCUUCACUCUCUCUACAAUACAAACCAUCUUUGCUUUGAGAUCCCAUUGAUGUGAAUAUCUAGUAGCAUCCAGCAAUACCGUCGGAACCACGCCCGGAAAUUUCAUUAAACAUUUCAUCUACGUGCAAUCAAACUUCACGAAGCUUCAAUUUCCAAACCACAGUCAUUAUUAAACAAGAUUCAGAAAUCUCGGCGAAAAUUUGAUGUCCUUAUGAUUAGUCUUUGCUCAAUCCAUAAGAUCAAGUUAUUCGAUGAGCCUUAAUUAGCUCGAAAGAAAGGACAUCAUACAUCAUACAUCAUACAUUCCAAGCCUCCACGCGCCUCCGCAGCCCUUUGUCAAGCCCCUUUCAAGUUGUCAAAUCAAUUCACGAAACAACGUCUGACAAUGGUCGAAUAUAAUAACCCACCUCCACCUACCUAUCAAGAAGGAGUUUCUCCCCUUACAUCUCCUCAAAUCACAGGUUCAACCAGUCAUAACCUCACCUCCGUUUCUCCACAAUUAACUGGUAUCACCAACACAUCUACUUCAGAUAUUCAACAACAACCACAUCCUGAUUUACCUCCACAAUCACAUCAAACUCAACAACACAUCCAACCAGACGUUUAUCAAGGUAUUGAAGUCGUCGGCCCUAAUCAAAAUACAAUGGCAUCACAACAAAUCCCACCUCAGCAAGAGGGUUUCACAAAUGAGAAGAGUCAAUAUCAAGCUCCACCUCCUCAAGGUCAAUACCCUCCUCAAGAUCAUUAUCCAGCGCAACAUCCACCUCAAGCAAAUAUCAAUCAAGGAAAGAAUAACUAUGCCACCGCUAUGCCUAUCCGUGCACUCCAAACCGGCCCUACUCCUGUAGACUGUCCUGUUUGCGGUGUAAGAGAGGUGACAGCUGUUGAAAGCCAUAGUGGAAUGACUACACAUCUCAUCGCGCUUCUUUGCUGCGCAGUCACCUGUCUAGGAUGUAUACCUUACCUUAUCUCUGGCCUCAAGGAUGUUGAACAUAAAUGCGGGCAUUGUGGUGCAUUAUUGGCGGUUUGGCACAGAAGUGGUAGAACGGAUGUCAAAGUCCCUGGUGCCUAAGUACCUUUGAAUUUAUAUUUCCCAUCUGUCUUUGUUUUUGGAAUGGAGUAUCGCUUGUAUUGUAUAAUUAUGCAUGGGGGAAAAUACGUCCAGGAAGUCGAUGAGGAUGGGAUUUUUUUCAAUAAUAGGCGAUGGGAUAUUGAAGUGGUACUUUUGAUGGCCUUUUUCGUUGUGGGAUAUGGGAUGUGAGAUGAUACCCUCUUUUCGUCUUGCCUUUUUGCCUUGCUAUUUCAAAUAUUUAAGAAUGUAACGAGUUCAAAUUCUCAUGAACGUGAAUGCUUCAUGAUACUUCCCAAAUUCUAGACUGAAAG